AUGGCUCGAUCCGAUUCACAUCGACGGCGGAGGAUACACGAUGUCUUCAUCAGCUUCCGAGGAGAAGACACCCGCAAAACCUUCGUCAGCCACUUGGACAAAGCGCUUUGCACAAGGGGAAUCGCUACCUUCAAAGACAAUCGGAAGCUCGAAGUCGGAGAUUCCAUCCCCGAAGAGCUUCGCGGAGCCAUCCGGACUUCCAGGUUCGCCGUCGUGGUUAUCUCCGAGAAAUACGCUACUUCGAGUUGGUGCCUGGACGAGCUCCAGCUGAUCAUGGAGGAAGAAAUCGAAGUCCUCCCGAUUUUCUACGGCGUAAAACCAUCCCAGGUCAGAUCUCAGCUCGGAGAUUUCUCUUUAGAGAGGUACCGAGAUUCAGAUCUGGCGAACAAAGUCCCCGGUUGGAGAAAAGCGCUUACCGGAAUCGGAAACCGAAAGGGCAAGGAAUCAACACAAUGCGUGGACGAUGCGACAAUGAUUGAAGAAAUCGUGCAAAGAAUUUCAAGCAGGUUGUUAUCAAUGUUGCCAAUAGAUUUCGCUGACAUUGUUGGGAUGGAAGCUCACAUGGAAGCUCUGAGCCCUCUCUUGGACAUGGUGGAGUCCAAGGAUGAUGGGGAUGCUCGUAUCAUAGGAAUCUCGGGAACUGGAGGGAUUGGCAAAACCACCAUAGCUAAAUAUCUCUAUGAACAUCUCAAGCUUAGAUUUUCACCACACCAUUGCUUUGUGGAAAACGUUGCAAAGCUCUCUGGAGAGCAUGGUCUCAUACACCUACAGCAACAGCUUCUUUCAGAUAUUUUCCAUGAAGAGAAUGUGAAGCUGGAAAGCGUUGAACACGGAAGGCAACAGCUUGAGUUCAGGGCUAGAGACGUUAAAGUUUUCCUCGUCCUUGAUGAUGUGGAUGAUGUUAAACAGCUCUGUGCCUUGGCAAAAGAUGUUAGAUGGUUUGGAGCAGGGAGCCGAGUCGUUAUAACCACGCGGGACAAGAGCUUGCUAAGCUCAUGUGGCGGUGGAGUGUAUGAUGUUAAGUGCUUGGAUGAUGAUAAAGCUCUCCAGCUCUUUCAGCGGAUUGCUUUUGAAGGAGACCAACCUCCUUCUAGUGACUGCUACAAAGAUCUCUCACGUCGUGUUACUAGGCUUGCUCAAGGUCUUCCUUUGGCCAUUCAAGCUUUCGGCUUUUAUCUCCAGAGAAUGCCCCUAGUGAAGUGGGAAGAUGCUUUGAAAUCGUUUGAGAUGGCUCCUUACAGUAGUAUUAGGAGGAUCUUGGAUAUUAGCUGUGAUAGCUUAGACGAAGUUAGUAAAUCUGCUUUGCUUCACGUCACAUGCCUAGGCCCUGUCUGGUGUCUCAAGGCACCUCUUGACCGUGUUGAAGUUGGAUUAAAGGUUUUAGCGGAAAAGUCUCUCAUCAACAUAUCUACUGAUGGUUUUAUAUCUUUGCAUUGCUUGUUAGAGCUAAAGGGAAGAGUAAUUGUGUAUGAAGAAUCAGGCAACCAACGAAAAAUCUUAUGCCAUGGAAACAUCUAUCAAGUACUUGCAGACAAAACGGGUACAACCAGAAUUGAAGGCGUUGUGCUAGAUGUUUCUAAGAUGCCUUAUGAUGUUAAUAUCGAGUGGGAGCUUUUCAAGUCGAUGGAGAAUCUCGAUUUUCUGAAGAUCUGCAACUACAAGCGUUGUAAAGGCUUAGAUGAUUCGAGGAGUGACUGCAACCUAAAGGGAAUUUCGCUUCCUUGUAACCUUAGGGUACUACAUUGGGAUGCAUAUCCUUUUACAGCCUUGCCUUCCAUUGUCCAUGAAGAUUGUCUUGUGGAACUAAAUCUGUGUUACAGCAAGCUCACAACACUUUGGAGUGGAAACCCUCCGAGACUUUCGCAUCUGAAAAGGCUUCAUCUUACGGGAUCUAAGGAUCUAAAAGAACUUCCAGAUCUUCAGGAUGCAGUGUCUCUCGAGGAGUUGAUGCUGGAAGGUUGUGUUUCCCUCACACGGAUUCCAGAAUCCAUUUUUAGCCUGCCUAGACUGCAGAAGGUUGAUCUGUCCAACUGUGAUGGGCUUAAGAAUCUAAGGUUCAUCAUAGAGGAAUCUGAAGCUACUUUCUUUCUAGGUAGAAGCCUGCGCGUUAAAUCAGUCCUUGUGGAUUUUCUUGGUGCAGAACCGUUGGCGAAAGAGUCUCCGGGCAUUUCUCUUAUGAAUCUUUCAAUCAAGGGCAACUUAGAAAUCAAGCUGAAGCUUCUUGCAGGAUUUGCAGAGCAUCUAUGCUUUGUUACUGAGCAACAGAUCCCUCAUCGACUGAUGAUGUUGGAACAGCAAACACCUUCCUACGGUUUUAAAUCACUCGACAUCGUGCGGUUUAACUACAGCAACAAAGAGAAUGGCUCUUUCAAGUGCUGUAGCUUUUUGGAUUUUCCGUGGUUGACAGAGUUAAAUCUUAUCAACUUAAACAUCGGAGAAAUCCCAGAAGACAUUCACCAGAUGCGAGUGCUAGAGAAACUGGACCUGAGUGGGAAUGAUUUCAGUAGUUUACCUUCAUCGAUGAAACUUCUUUCCAAGUUGAAACACGUGACGCUUUGUAACUGCCGCAGUCUCGAAGCCUUGCCGGAACUAUAUCAACUGGAGACACUCGCACUUUCUGACUGUACCAACCUCCGAAGAUUGGUGAACCUUCCUCAAGCAGAACAAGAUCAGGCAAGCUACAGUUUGGUUGAGCUUCUGCUUGACAACUGCAGUAGUGUGGAGUCUUUAUCAGAUGAGCUUAGUCAUUUCACUAAGUUGACGUACUUGGAUAUCAGCAGACACGGUUUUGAAACAGUGCCUACAAGCAUCAUGGACCUCUCCUCGCUUGUAACCCUCUGCCUCAAUUAUUGCAAGAAGCUGAAAUCACUGACAGAGCUUCCAUUGAGCGUCAAGUAUCUAUAUGCACAUGGCUGCAAGUCCUUAGAAAAAUUUUCCUUUUCGAUCGACCGUUCUGUUCAUCACCUUGAUCUCAGCCCUUGCUUUCAUUGGAAUCAGGCUUAUAGUCAAUUCACGCGUUUCCCUGUUGGAAGACAUUGUGAAGAGGUGCCUGUAUGUGCUUGCUUCCAGAAAAGUAAUCAAGGGACGAGGAGGAGCCUCAGAUCAAUCCCGAUGCGGCGUUUUGAUUUCAAUGCCUUGAAAUUAAUGGCUUUGGCUGUGUGUACGGGUGUGUUCAUUAGCUGUAGACAACGGGCAAUAGCUACAAAAUGA